CGGCAGCGCUCCUUGCGGCACAUUACCAUAAUUCCACUCAUUCCGACUCGUUCCUCCUCCUACCUUUCUCUCACCUUUCUUCACACGUCUACUCUAUAAAGGACGAUCCCUUCUCCUGCUGGCCUUUUCGCUACCUCACCCCUGCUACUUUACUACACUACUACUGCCUGACUACAUCCACCAUGGGUAUGAAAUAUCGUCGCUAUCUUGCUGGUGAGCGCAUCUACGGCUGCUCGAAGUGCAAGACCCACUUAGCUACAAUACAUUCGAUGAUAUCACGAGCAUUCAAUGGUCAACAUGGUCGCGCUUACUUGUUCGAAGGCGUCGUUAACGUCGUCGAAGGGGAACCAAGUGACCGCCUCAUGACCACUGGCAACCAUACCGUCCGGGAUAUCUACUGUGUCAAGUGUGCUACCAUCUUGGGAUGGAAAUAUGACCGUGCAUACGAAGCCUCGCAGAGGUACAAAGAGGGAAAGUAUAUCCUCGAGCGCAACCUCCUUGUAGAUGUUCAAUGAGCUCUCAAACACGCCAGUUGUUUGGGCAGUUCCUUGAUCGUCGAGGUUCUCGACUUCUUCCGACACCGUGGUUUUCCUCCUGAUGAAGUC